CUGCUCUGAGGUGCGGGGGGGCGGGAGCUUGGUGCCUGGCAGGAGCGGGGUGGCGGCGACCAUGGAUGACCAGGGCUGCCCGCGGUGCAAGACCACCAAGUACCGGAACCCUUCCCUGAAGCUGAUGGUGAAUGUCUGCGGGCACACGCUAUGCGAGAGUUGUGUGGAGCUGCUGUUUGUCCGGGGGGCCGGAAACUGUCAGGAGUGUGAUACCCCGCUGCGGAAAAGCAACUUCAGAGUGCAGCUCUUUGAAGACCCUGCCAUCGACAAGGAGGUGGAAAUUCGGAAGAAAGUAUUGAAAGUAUACAAUAAAAGAGAAGAUGACUUUCCCAGUCUAACGGAAUAUAAUGAUUUCCUGGAAGAAGUAGAAGAAAUUGUGUUUAACUUGACAAACAAUGUGGAUUUGGAGAACACCAAAAAGAAAAUGGAUAAUUACCAGAAGGAUAACAAAGAAGUCAUUCAGAAAAACAAGAUAAAACUGACUCGGGAGCAAGAGGAGCUGGAGGAAGCUUUAGAAGUGGAACGACAGGAAAACGAGCAAAGGCGACUGUUCAUACAGAAAGAGGAACAAAUGCAACAGAUUAUAAAAAGGAAGAAUAAACAGGCACUUCUGGAUGAACUGGAAAGUUCCCAUCUGCCGGCCUCCCUGCUCUUAGCUCAACAUAAAGACAGAUCUACUAAGCUAGAAAUGCAGCUGGAAAAACCCAGACCAGUCAAACCAGUCACAUUUUCCACUGGCAUCAAAAUGACUCAGCAUAUUUCAUUAGCGCCCAUCCAAAAACUGGAGGAAGCACUGUAUGAGUAUCAGCCACUGCAAGUCGAGACCUAUGGACCACAAGUUCCAGAGACUGAACUUCUAGGAAGGCUAGGGUGUCAGUGCUUCCCCUUCAGCAGUGCAGUUGUGCUGUGUGGAGCAGGUCAUGCAAGAAAUCUAGGAAGUUGCAAAAAUACAGUGAAGAGGUCCAAGAAACAGAUGAGGUAUUCUCAGACUCUGAGACUUCACUCCUGGAAGAAGGGGAAGUAUUGGAUCCAGAUUCAGAAACACUGGAGGUGAACGGAUAGGAAAGACUUCCCCACAUCCUUUUCACUAUGAAACAGAGAUCUGGUGACGCUUCUAAACGAGACUCCAGUAGCCCCAACAACAGUAUAUUUAUUAUCUUUGGAGCAGAAACCUAAUCUUGGCUUUUAUUAAUGUAACUGUAGAGAAAGUGAUCAAGUCAGAAUCGGAGCAGCCAGCGAAAUGAAGGUACCUUAACAGAGAAGUAGUGAGUUCUUCAAAAUCGCAGAAGCAGUGCAACUCCUUGGCCUGGGUUCCAGAAAUAGACGCAAUAGUGGCAGAGACCACAGCCUUCCAAAUGGGAUUUGUUCCCAAAGUAUGAAAUGGACCAAGAGAUUGCAGUGGCUUUGCUGGCCCACUCUCGGGCAGCAUGCUUCUUGAAAUAGUCUCUUCCUAGAAAGAAUGUCACUUGGAGCCUUAAUUGAGCUUUACAGGCUACUUAUAAUUGCUUUGAUCGCAGUCAGUCAUUUUUCCUAACACCUUUAUUGUUGGUAGAUAAUAUUCUUUGCGGCGAUCAUCUCAGUCAGGAAUGUUUCAAAGCUGGGAGCAUUGUCUGCAGAAUCCAAACGCUGCGUCUUCCAAGCCAAGAAG